AUGGAUGGCAAAGGCGGUGCUCAGGCCCAAAACCACAACUUUAUGAGCCUUCCAAGUGAGUGGCUGUUCUGCUGCAGCAGCGACCACUUGCAGCGCUGUGCAAAAGCUGCUCGCAUUGAUUCGCGUGCGGGGCCGCCUGCUCCUUCUGAAAGGCCCUUGAUCCGACGAGCAAGCAAACGGGAAAGCUCUCCAAGUCGACGUCGCUCCCGUCCUGCGUCUCCAAGAGGCUUUCUAACUCAGGGGCUUUGGACACCAGAGCAGGACUCAAGUCUACAACUGGAGAGGCGAUGCCCGAACAAGAAUAAAUUUGUGGGUGAGGCCAGCGGCUUGGCAAAGCCGAUGGCAGCUUGCCAUGACAGCGAAGCCCCGCCUUGCAUGGACUGGGACACACUUCCUCCUUUACCAUCCAUCGGAGCGGAAGAAGUGACUGAGAGUUUCGUUCCCGCCCCUUCCAUCGAAGCUGAGGAGAUUGCUAGCAUUGCUCUUCGAAUGGAAGCUUUGCAUUCAAUCAGCGAUCUUGUGGAGCCUGAUGAGUCUCCAGAGCUUCCUUCAGACGAAGAAAAGAAGGAUGAAAUAUUGGGGAGAACAAGGGUCCUCAUGGCUAAUGUGAGCGAGUGUAAUUCUCGCAGGUCACAGGAUACUGCCCGAAUUCAAUCCUGGUUCGAGUCGUGUGGCUUGGAACAUACACUUGUCACAGCUGACCUUCGCCAGCUGGGUGAGUCUGCUCUAUCGUUCGCGCAAUGCUGCAAAACCGGGGAUACUUGUGCCCUGAUUCUCACUGGACUUUCCUUGGAAGUACCAGAGGAGGAGCGUGGUGAGGAACCAAGUUCUCAAAGCACACCAAUGUUGGCAGACUUUUGGGUGGCUCUUCCUGCAGGCGUGAGAGUUGUGAUCAUGUCAGACUGCGAGGACGUAUUUCCUGGAGAGAAUGUGCACCUCGAAUGCGAUGAGAAGCUGCAGCUUUUGGCGUUCGCGCUGGUGUUUCCUGAUGUGGUUCCGGUUCAAUCACGAUCAUCGCUUUUCAAACUGGCCAUGCUGCAGGCAGCAGAUUCCCUGAGUUUGGCCGAUGGGCCAUGCAAGUUGACAUGUCUGGACUUUUUUGAAGAAAUGACAGAACAGGCCGAAGACCUUGCGGCAGAGUGGGGAUGUGACAAGCCACUGCGCGUCCUUCAGAGUCUGCCAGAUCCCUCUUUGGUUGGCAUGCGCUGGCCACUGUCUCGCGCACCCCGUGAGAUGGCUCGAGAGGUUGGAGUCAACAACAUGGCUGCUACGCAAACGUGGAUUCGUACUGGUGCAGUCCCGAAAUUUACGGAUCUCAACAUUCCAGAACUACACCGGCCUCGACCAAGAAGUGAAAGUCCUCCCAGGGAACGUCCAGCAGCGGCUGAGCAACUGGCUGCAGCAGGUGUCAAGGUAGCCUCAGCUGCGUUUGCUGCAACAGCUGCAGCUGUUGUGGAAGCUGGCUCGGCCACAGUCGCUGCUUUAGUUGAUGCACAGCAUUCCAGAAGCUUGGGUGGUCAGCAUGUUCGCAAAACUGUCUCCGCUUGUGAGAUGCCAAUCUCCAAACAGCUUACAGAUACGGCUGUGGAAAAUGAGGAGCGAGGGCGGUCCGUUGAAAAGCGCAGGUUGAAGAAAAGCAAAACGUCUCUCGAAAAGGACAGGCGCAGUGCCAGCCUUCGCUCAAUGCCUCAGAACUUUGGAAGCCUCGAACUCAUGCUGUCAGGCGGUGGGGCGCUCAAGAAGCCAAAGCUCCCCAUUGCUAGACAGCCCAAGCAGUGA